GCUACAUACACACAAACAGACUGAGUUCUCUUUCAAUCUAUUCGAAUCCUUGAUAUUUUGAUUGCCGACCAUUACAACCAAUGGCUUCUGCUUCAUCUUUUGCCCCUGCCCUUCCCUCAAGACCAACACUCAAACCAAGGACACAUGAAAAGCUGUACUGGAUUCAUUAUGUGUCACCAAAUUCUACAACUAGUAAACUCCGUUCUGUUAAAGCCAAGGCUGCAGCAAAUAAUGGAAACACAAAGCCAAAAAGUGUUAUCUGUGCAGAUUGUGAUGGAAAUGGUGCAGUUUUAUGCUCUCAAUGCAAAGGUAGUGGGGUGAACUCUGUUGAUCUCUUCAAUGGACAAUUCAAGGCUGGUGAUUCAUGUUGGCUUUGUGGAGGGAAAAAGGAUAUGCUGUGUGGGAACUGCAAUGGAGCUGGCUUCGUUGGUGGUUUUAUGAGUACUUUUGAUGAGUGAAGUAUCAAGUACAUAGUUGUAUAGUUGAGCAUUUGCACUGCCCUCAAAAAGUACCUGUUUCUA